AUGAACAUCGUGGUAAUCGACCGGUGGGCUGCGGUACAGUUUCCAUCCUGGGGACAUCCUUCUCCAUCCAAGCUCAAUACAUUGAAUUCUGCAACAGCCAUCAACACUUCAAAAGUGGAACUAGAGCAGACAGACUCCCCCACAAAAGAGACUCUCAUAGAGCAAGCUUCCGUCUUCCUCGAAGAUGGGUCCAUAAAUAAUAGUAAUAUUAGAGCUGGUCGGGAUCGUCUGUGCUGGGUAGAAGGCGAAUUCUCCCGUCACGGGCGACCGUCAUCUAUAAAAACGACUCCGGUUCCACUCAAAUGGCAAAACUGGAAUUCAAAUUCCCUUCAAAUCCUCCUCUUGCCCUAUACCCAGUUCCUCUGGAUUGUGCGACUUCGAGACUGCUGUUAUUGCUUGCCAGCACCCUCAGGAUGUGUCAAUUUUGGCAACGCUCCCCAGGUUGGAGAGCUUCCAAACAUUGGAACAGCAUUGAACGAUCAUGCCUCCCAGAUGGUGAGCAGAUCCAAGCAACGGAAAUUAUCACCAGCAUCCCAGCAUGACCAGACAGAUGUCUCUCGGAGGUUGCCCUCAUGA